AUUUCAGGAUAAACCAAGUUUCCACCAGUACAGUUGGUCUCUCUUCAACGCUAUGUCACACAUGCUUUGCAUAGGUUAUGGUCGAUUUCCACCAAACAACAUCACUGAAUUGUGGGUAAUGCUGUGUAGUAUGACCAUCGGUGCGACCUUCUACGCCGUAUUUAUUGGCAUUAUGUCGACAUUAAUUAUGUCGAUAGACUCCUCGGGAAGAUUGUAUAAGGAAAAGGUAAUGUUUGUACAUGGUGUGAAAUUUACUCAACAUUUUCAAUGAUCAGCCUAAGUAAGAAAAUAAUAUGGAGUUUUGAUUGAGGGCCAUACAUAAUAGUUUGACAACUAAUAAAUCCAUGUUGUGGCCCUCAUGACGAACAAAUGAAUGCUAUAUAUGCGUGAAUAAAUGAUGCUAUAUAUUAUAUGGAGAAUAAAAUACAGAUACCGCUUAGGGGUUGGUCUCCUUUACCACUUCCGUGCCAUGAGAUCGAGUUCGAUAAUUGCUUGUGCAAUUUUCUGCGGACUAAAGUUUCAUUUAUUUCUUUGAAGACACCAUUUGUCUUCUGAAAAAUCGGAAGGUGAUCUCUUAUAAAGCGACUAUGAUUGAUUUACAUAUUGUAUUGACAUUUGACUGAUAACAUUACUUCAAUAUUUGAGUGAGUCAUGCUUUGGAAAUGACAAACUUUUGUUACCCAACCCUUGUAGUGAAUAUAGGAAACAUCACCGUUUAUUUGGUUGCUCUCAAGUCUCCCAUGUAUAUAUAAUUCGUUCUUGAAAAUGUGUAUUGCAAUAAAGAUGCGUAAUCUGAGAGGCAGGUAAUAUCCAACAUUUUCCUGUCAUUCUGGAAUCUACGAGCGUCGUUACUGGAAUUUACGAAUAUUAUAAAGCUAUGCAUAAAACUGACAUUUUUUCAGACAGGCAAUUUUGAGAACGGGUAUAAUAAUAUCCCAGUUCAGUAAUGAUCAAAUAAUUAAACUUUGUACUUUGGCGUUUCAAGCGAAGGCUCUUCCCAAAAGGUCGAAACGUCGAAGUUCUAGAACCUUGCAUUUUUCCACUAAAAAUAUCUUGUGUCUCUAUAUCUCUAUCAAUCGGAAGCUUUUUUAUCACUGGCACUACCUACGCUCGCCCAGACCGUUCAAGAAAUAUAUGUUAUUUACCGGCUGGGAGGUCCGGAUAGAAAAAUAUUUUGUCGAGGUCUAAAAAAGGCCCGAGACCGAAGGCCGAGGGACGUUUUUGAGACCGAGACAAAAUAUUUUUCUAUCUGGACCGACCUAAACGGCAAAUAACGUAUUUAUUUUUUUGUCGAAGACUCAGAGGCAAAUGGCAACGGUUUUAUUAUUAGAUUGCGCAUAUAGGAAACAAAACAAUAAAAACAUUUUGAUAUUCAAUUAUUUUACUUUAGAAAACAAACAAUUCAAUUAAAAUACAGUACAAUUAUUUUAUUCAUCAUUAAAAUUAUUUCAAAAUGACAUAUUCAUAUUUUUCAGUUUUAAAACAAAUAUACAAAAAAAUUUUGCUUUGCUUCGGCCAUUACGUAUAGGAUUCCGGACCGUGGUCAAAUAUCGUAAAAUUCCGCCCGCUGCUGCAGCCAGGUCAAAUAUCGUAAAAUUCCGCCCGCUGCCGCAGCCAAUCAGAUUGCAGAAAACGCUAGGAUUCCGGCCGCUGCUGAUAUACAAAAAAAUAAAUAGAGGAUAUUACACGGCGGCGCGAAGAUAUGCAUGACUUUUAUCUUCGAGUGGUGAAAACAAUAUUUUACGAACGAGCGCAGAGAAUGAGUAAAAUAUUGUUUUUAACACGAGAAGAUAAAAGUCAUAUCUUCAAGCCACCGUGUAAUGUUAGGUUUAUUAUAUAGUCCCAAGCAAAAAAUUGUGAAAUUUAAAGGGAAAUGGCAAUAUAUUUUUUUAUUUUCUUGUUUGAAAGAACAUUUAAAACCAUAUAUAAAACUCUUUUACCGUUUUUAAAUAUCUUGCUUACUUCUACAAAUAUUUUAAUCGAAAGAAAUGAAAUGUCCGCCAUCUUGGAUUUUUGUAGAUAUGCAUGUUACGUCACAACAGGGGUCAUGCAAUAUUUUUAUCUAGACAACCACUAAUCAUUUUGCACUCAAAAUUAUACUCCGUAUCCCCUUGGAAAUAUCAAGAUCACUUGAAACCUUUAAAACAUCUACCAAUCAAUAUUUGGUCAACAACGAAUACUUUUAUAUGGUUAAUCCCUGUUGUGACGUCACCAAAACUACCGUUAAUGAGAUAAAAUAAUUAUCCAAGAUGGCUGACAUCUCAUUACUUCAAGUGAAAAUAUUUCAAGAACUAAGCAAGACAUGAAGAAUCGGUAAAAGAAGUUAUUAAAUAGUUUCAAAAGUUCUUUCAAAUGAGAAAAUAAAAAAAUAUAUUGCCAUUUCCCUUUAACGCUCAAAAGCAAAUUGGAAAAAGUCACGUGAUCGAUAUCUUCGCUAGUGAAGAUAUGGAAAAUAUCUCACUGUGUAUUUUUCAGCAUCUCACUCUCUAUACUAUAUAAUAAUAUUCAUUAUAUCGUUCCAGUUGAACCAAGUUGGAGAAUACAUGCGUUACCGUAAACUGCCACUACAAAUCAGACGUCGGGUUCAAGAUUACUAUGAACAUCGCUAUCAUCAUAAACUGUUUGACGAAGACGCUAUCUUGACAGAAUUAUCUUACCCAUUACGAGAGGUAGGGUGGAUUUCUUAUAGAUAAUUUACGGAAUUACUAGCUGGAGGGUAUAAUUGAUAUAUAUUCCUUCGAAAACAAACAAAAACUGUAAACAUUACGUUAGACUGAAUAAAAUUCAAAGGAAAUUGAAGAAUGAAGUUGAGGCUAUCUGCCUGUAUAUAAUGGUGUACGUUCCAGUAAUUAUGUAAAAUUAACGGUUAACAAUAAGUAUUUGAUGGAAUUACAAUAACAAUUAAAAAUUUUGGCAAAAUUAUGCCUUACCCCUUAAAACCCUCAUAUAAGUAACAUAUAUGAUUAGUGGAACACUUUUAUUCUGCAGGAAAUUCAAAUUCACAACGCUCGAUCCUUGCUGACCUCCGUGCCAUUCUUUAGUAAUACAAGCGAAGAAUUUAUCUCGCUCUGUGUGACUUUACUUAAAUUUGAAGUUUUCCUUCCUGGAGACGUCGUAUUCAAGCGGGGAAGUAAAGGAGAUAGAAUGUAUUUCAUCGUGCGAGGCAUUGUGGAUAUUUUGACAACCGAUGGAUUUGUUGCGACCAGUCUUACAGAUGGUUCACAUUUUGGAGGUAUUUGUUACCGGUCAUUUUCACACCACUUAUUAAGGGGGAUAACACUUUAGUGUACUUUAUUAUAAUUAUGAUAGUAGCUACUACCGCAACGAAGAUAUUUAUUUAUUUAUUUACAUUUUGCAUCUCAGGCUCGUAGCCUGUAACAGGUUAAGGCCAUUUACUGCGGGUGGAUUACAUGUAUUACAUCGUCUGUUGACAAACAAUACAGACAGACGGACAGAUAUACAAACAAACAAACACAAUUAAUAAAGACAGAAAAUGUAUCCCCCCCCCCCACCGCCCGCCACUGAAAUAGGAUUAUUAUUCCCGGGAGAGUUUAAUAAUCAUAAAUUAAAAACAUCUUUAGAAAUAUCUUUGAUGCGAGAAGAUGGUCGUCGAACAGCAACUUGUCGAGCAGCAACAAUGUUGGAUCUUUAUUCAUUAAAUACCUCUGACUUCAGAACUGUUCUUGAUGCUUUCCCUGGCAUGCAGUCAGUACUUUCAGAAAUCGCUGUUGAAAGAUUACAAAGACUGGACAAAUACAGCGACGAAGCAAGACUAUAUCAAGUGAAAAGGUACGCAGUGAUAAGGUUGAUUAGCAUGCAUGUAUUCGGGAGGUGGAUAGUGCUUUUCACGGAAUCUGAUUGGUUGCUCAGCUCUGGAUAUCCCUGCACUAUUCAGCUCAAAAACAAAAUGGCUUCCUGUUUCGUUCCGGUUAUAGACGAGCAAACUUUUGUAUUAUAGACGAAGCUGCGGUUUCGCCAAACACGAAGAAACCAAAAUGUUUUCUUUAACAGGGUGCAGAGGUAUUCUUUAAAGGGAAAUGGCAAUAUUUUUUUUAUUUUCUCAUUUGAAAGAACUUUAAAGAUUAUAUAUAAUACUCUUACCGUUUUUUCAUAUCUUUCUUGCUUCUACAAAUAUUUUGAAGAAUAAACAUUAAAAUAUAUCUGAACAUCCUGGUAUCUGCUGCAUAAAACCUAAAAAUACGUCGUUUAAUAAAGCAUGUCAAACAAUAAUUAUCCAUUUUUCACAUGAAGUUUUAAAAACUGUAUCGAGAAGAGCAACAUGUCUUUACUGGGAAUUUAUCGUGAGGGGUAUGGGAAUUUUGUACCAAAAACGUAACACGUCUGCGCAUGUCUUACAACCAUAUAUCUUGAAUUUCCAGGGAUUACAAGACUGAGAAAAUUACCUCGAAUGACAUGGAAAACACUGACAUAAAUAAGAAACGCUUAGGCGCUAUGAAGAUCCCAACUUUAACUAAGGGAUUUAUUCGUUCAAUGGCUCCGACUCUCGGAGUAGCCACACUAAAUGAAUCAGAGACAACAACAAGUAGCGAGUUACCGAGUAUCGACGAAGGGGAGACUGGGGUCGGGUGUUCUGAUUGGACAAGCGUUGUUCCCGAGGGACAUGAUGAGACAACAGCAGACAUACAAACUGAGAUGGAAGGGAAGGAAUCUAGAGAAUAGCGAACUUCAAAGGCCUUUAUGUUUUAUAUUUUUCAGUUUGGUUGUAAAAUUUUAUUUUUCUAUUGAUCAGGUUGUAUUAAAAACAAAAUUACUCGUGAGUAUAUGAUAUACUUUCAGGUUGGUUACCAUCAGGGGUGUAGUAGUGGAAUGGGGGCUAAGAGGGCUUACCUUUGCUGGUUAAAAUUUCCUUUCAGCUUGCGAAGGGGGGAGGCUGAGCCCUCCUUAAAGUUUUUUAUCAAGACAGAAAUUGAC